AUGAAUUCUAGAGAUCCUCCUAGCAAAAUAUUGUUAUUGAUCAUAACUUACUUGCCUCAAUCCUUCCCACUAACUAAUGAUUUUUUAUUUGAGACCUUUAAGUAGUAUGGGGAAGUCAAGAAAAUAUUAAUUUUCGAAAGGGGAAAAACUAACAAAGCAUUUGUAGAGUACAACGAAGUUAAACAUGCUAUUUCAGCAAGACGUAAUAUGAUAGGAAAAUCGCUCACUCCUUAGGGAGGCAGAUUAUUGAUUCAUUAUUCUCGCUUGAAAUAGUUGGACUUAGAAGUGGUUGAUCACACCAGAGGCACAGAAUAUUGCUCUGAUGACGAAGAAACACAACCAGAAUAGAAGUAUCCCUUGAAAUCCAUGACUCUACCAAAUUCAAUCCAAAUUUCUCCCCCCUUAAUCAAGCCUCAAUCCAUCGAAUAGAUAUCGAAUAAUGGAAAUCAAUUCAAAGGGGCGUAAAAUAUUGUCCAAGAAUCGCCCACAAAAGCUAUAAUGGAAACUCAAUUACGACAAUUGGAAAGAAUACUAGAUGACGACUAUGAAUAAGAAGUAGCCAAAAUUUCAUUGACUCAAUUGGAUUCCAAUGAUUUUGCAAUCCAAGAAUUAUUAAAUCAAUAACCUUCCAAAUUUUUAAGGGUUUCCAAUCUGGACGAAAGAGUCACUCCAAGGAUGUUGUAUAAUCUAUUUAACAGGUUUGGACAUCUGGAAGCCUUAAUAUUAAAAAAACAUAUUCGUUAAUCAAUUCUAUAAUUUGUAAACAAAGAGAAUGCUAUCAUUGCCAAAGAGUUACUCAAUAAUGUUGUCUUUUUUGGAAAUGAGGUUUUACAUCUAAAUUUAUUAUGUUAGUUAAGAAUACUUUUCUAGAAUCCUCAGAAUUCACACUUGUAGACUAACAAUCCCAAUGAAGAAUAUUAUCAAGGAAGUCAAACCAAAUUUAAAAUCAUUCCCUUGACUAGAGUACUCUCAUUUUCUGGCAUUCCUUAAUUAUUAGAAAUUCAAGACAUGGUUAAAUUAGUUGGAAAGAUUCAAGAAAUCAAACUUGACUCUUAAGCCAUCCAAAUAACUAUGGUUGACAUUCAAGAAGCUUUAAAAGUGAUCUCAGUCUUUUCGGAGUAUGAUUAUAAAGGAAAUAAAAUUAGUUUGAAUUUAAAAUGA